GAAGCACUAAUUAUCCUUGUACAUUGAGCGUGCGUUUCUAGUGUAGUUGUAGUCAUCAACAUCUCCUUCUAUAUCUUCUCACAAAACUCUCUCUCUAAAAAAAAUGUCUUGCUGCGGAGGCGACUGUGGUUGUGGAGAUGGCUGCACGUGUGGCUGCGGCUGUGGCUGUGGCUGCGGAGGAUUUGAUAUGUACCCUGAUAUGAGCUUCUCAGAGAAGACCACCACCCAGACACUUAUUGUUGGGGUUGCAACCCAAACCACAUACUAUGAGGGUUCUGAGAUGGGUGUGGGAGCUGAAAACGAAGGGUGCAAGUGUGGAUCCAAGUGUACCUGUGACCCCUGCACAUGUAAAUGAGAGUGGACACACAAUCCAAAGCAGAGUUAGAGACCUCUCUUCAACAAUUAAUAAUACAUAUGGUGUACAACUAGUGGUGAUUGUGUGUGUGUGUGUGUGUGUGUGUGUGUGUGUGUGAUGUUAUGUUUAGAAUAAAGUGGCCAUGGUUGCUCUGUAUGUAUAGGAUGGUGGGUGUCUCUGCUGGGCUUGUCAUGUCGUGGUUCUGUGUUAGUAUGAUGUGUGUUAAAAAGAGAUGUUGAGUUUGGUUGUAUGAAUGAGAAUCGCUUGAGUUUGAAAUUUUGAA